AUGCUCCAAGAAGAGAAAACCCAACAGGUCCAGGCAGAGAAUUUAUUAGAAAUACUGGAGCAAGAACUGAAAACAGAACGAGAACUUAGAGCCCAAAUUGAGGCAGACAAAGAGGAAGCUGUGGAGAUCACAGAGCAACUAAAUAAAAAUCUUGAGGACAUGGAGAAAACGUCCAAGGAUGGUCCGGUUGAGACUGCUUUGGAUGAUUGGGAGAAAUUUGAACUGGAACUCCAAAAGCUAGAGAAAAUGCUCCAAGAAGAGAAAAGUCUAAGAGAGACUGAAAAGGCUUCUCUCUUGAAGACUGUAGAGUCUCUUCAGCAGGAAACAGACAAAGAGCUGCAGAAAGAAAGGGCUCUAAGAGAAGAGGUAGAAAGAGGUAAGUUGAAGUUGGAAAAGGUAAGUGGUAAACUUUACCAGGGUUUAGAGAAAGCCUGUAAGAUGACAGAAACCCUCUCGGGUGAGGCCGAACUCCUUACCAACAAGCUUCAGGCAGAGGAGAAGAAACGGAGAUCUCUGCUCAAAGAUAUCCAGGAACUCACCCUCAUGCUGGAAAAGGAAAAAGCCCUUAGAAUCGAGGCAGAGAACUAUGAGAUGGAGGCCAGAGAGAUUUUAGAGGCGUUCCAGAAAGAAGCAGAAUACAGAACCUGGCAGAAGAAAGACUUGAAAGAGAAACGCCAUCUCAUCAAAGUUCAACCUCUUUAA